AUGAUGCUCGACGCGUCGCGCAACGUCAAGCUCGGCGACUUCGGGCUGGCGAGGCUCGUCGACCACGGCGCAGAGCCGCAGACGACGCAGGUCGUGGCAGGCACCGUCGGGUACAUUGACCCGGAGUUCGUCAACGACCGCAGGCCGAGCGCCGAGUCCGACGUGUACAGCUUCGGCGUCGUGCUCCUCGAGAUCGCCUGCGGCAGGCGGCCGGCGUCGAGGGGGCCAGGCCAUGCCUCGGCGGCGCUGCUGGCGUCUGUCCGGGAGAUGUACUGCCGGAACCAGAUCCUUGACGCGGCAGACAGGAGGCUCGACGGCGACUUCGACGGGCUGCAGAUGGAGCGUCUGCUCGUGACAGGGCUUUGGUGCAUGCACCACGAUCCGGUGCGGCGGCCGUCGGUGACGCAGGCUGUCGAUGUGCUACGAUCUGAGGACGCCAGGUUGCCGGUGCUUGAAGCGGUGCGUGGUUCUGGGGAGAUUCACUUCUUGGAGGGACAGGCUUAUGGUGAUCUACCCGCCGAGGACUCUGCUUAUUUGCAUGAAUCAACUGAAACUGCGUACCUUAGUGCUACCGAGGACUGA